AUGAAUGUCGAGUUACAAACUGCCUUCGCGAAACAAGCGAGGACGGUCUUGGACACUCUCCCCAAGAUAGCCGGCAACGGCACGCUGACUCCACCACAGUGGAAGAAGGAGCGGCAUCUGCCGCCCAAGUAUGUAGUGGCAGCGUUAAAUCGACGUUUCCCUGACGCCCCGAUAUGCCGGCCCGCAGACAGCCCGGAGAAGCGCGCCGCUGCGGCGAUGAAAGCGGCGAAAGUGACACCAGCGAUGAGUACCCGGGUCGAGAACGGAGCGAUCAUUGAUGUGCUUUUGAAGGAGUUGGUCAUGGCCGUUUUCGCGACGACACAAGUUGUGUUUGCUCUCUACGUGCACGAGGUGGUGACAACCCCCAGCGGGGCGAAGGGAGUCAGGAUGAUCUGUCCAGGAUGCAAAUCGAAUUCGGAAGUGAAACCUCCUGGAGUAUCAGGGCAUGACUUCCCAAAUGCGGGUGCUCAAAAGGCAAGCAGAACGUUUGCGGGUACCCUCUCGUCUUGGAAAGUGCCAAGAAGGUGGCCAACAAAAAAAGUGGUCAUUGCGGAUGACGGGUGGGACGAGGCCACCAGCCGCGAGCAUUGCCCAAACGGCGCUUCCUUUAUCACAAUGGACGACAGGAUCCUGGUCGCAGGCGAGCAAGGCCGAGAGCUACGAGAAAUUCAUUGGUGCAUCCGGUUUCGCGUUCUGUCGUCAUCCACAGGACAAGGGGCACAUGCAACGCGAAUCCACUCGCAGUGUGAGGGGCAGUUCCUGUGCAUGGAUGGCACGUGGCGCAUCGGUUUGAGGGUCAUUGAUUCUCCGGACUGCCUAUGUUUCCUGUUGGGGGAGGACGCCAAGGUUCACUCGUACGGAGCUGUGCAAAGCGAAAGGAAGGAGGAAAUAUACCUCCUUCUGAACAGGUACGCGGAGAGACGGAGGAGGAACGGCACGCUGCUCGCUCUGGAGUGGGUGUACGACGACCUCUGCUGCAGAGGGGCUGAUGAUGUCACCAAGGGGUAGAUACGAUAGUCAGGACGUCCUCUGCUUCGACUUCUACUUCGACACCGCCGCCGGCAUCGAAGCGCGCCAGAGGGGACAGAGAUAGAGCGAGUGAAAGAGUCGCUAGCGGGGUGCCUUUGAAGCUUGAACAGAUCAGCACCCUCAUGGACGCAGUCGCGAUCGCCUACAUGAAAGCCUGCAGGGCUGAAGUUGACAGGCAACGUUGCACUCAAGCAGAAGAAACUAUCGGACUUUUUCGAAAGCAACAAUAUUUCAGAGUACAGGUACUCUCCUUCAAGGCCUGAGACCUCGCCCGCGCCCGCUGUAGGACCCGCCAGUGGGCACUUGUCAAUCUGAGGGUUGGGGACUCGAAAUAUCUGCUGGUGUUGAGUUGUUGUAGAUGUAUUUAUCGGCGGGCCCUGCUCUUUCUCCACCUUUGAUCCACACAAAAAAGUAUUCUUUAUGAUGCCAUGCGUUGACCGUCAAGGCUGACGGCUCUGUCCUCCUCUAUGCGUUUUGUUGUCGGGCGUAUGUGUUUGCCUCCUGCGUGGGAGACGGGAUAGAUAUUCCGUUCGUCUCGUCCCGCGCGACCGGUACGCAUGGAGUAGAACUUUUGUUUUCGCCACGGCGAGCACGGAUUGAAGAAACAAG